AUGAUUGUGAUGUUGACAGAACAAGCUGCAGAGCUGCAGAAACUGAAAAAUCAGAAAGGCACACAGGUGGCGUUCUCCGUCGCUCUGGUGACUUCAGGUUCAGAGACUAAGGGACCGUUUUCACACCCCACCACGCUGAUCUUCAAACACGUCCAGACCAACAUCAGAGAUGGCUACAACAAACACACAGGUGUUUUCACCGCACCGGUGAAAGGAGCGUACCACUUUGAGUGGCAAAUCGGUGUACAUGGAGACGACAAACAUCCCGCCUGUGCUGUCCUCAUCAAGAACUCGGAGGGCAUCUUCUCGACGUAUGAGAGGCAGAAGGCCUAUUUCGGGAUGGCUUCCAACAGUGUCACGCUGCUCCUGGAGGUCAGACAUUCCGUGUUUCUGCGACUGUGUCGUAAUUCGAAGGUGUUCGACGAUGUGAAUCACUACAGCACAUUCAGCGGUCAUCUGCUUUUCCCCAUGUGA